UAGGAAAGGUAGAGCGCGCUCCCUGCGUCGCCGUCUUGCUGGGCGCCCGUCCUUGUGUCCGUCCUUCCCGCUGACUUUCUCCGGCCCCGGCCGUCUCCGCAGAGGUCACCGGAGGCGGGGGCCCCGUUCGCGCUCCCAGAGGCAGCGGGAGAGGCAGCCGCGGGCUCCCGGAGCCCCCCGAGCUCCUCCAAGGGCAGGAGGAGCGGGUGGUGGACCAGAGAGAGCCCGUGAGCAGCCGCGUGCCCGCCAAUAGGUGCGGGGCUCGGAGCCGCGCAGCCCGCGGUCCCUCCGCCCCUCCCUCCUCCCUCCGCCCCCGCCGCCUCCCCCUCGCGCUCUCCCGCUCCCGCUCCUCCGCGGCGCGCCUGGCACUCGGAGCGCCGCAGCGGCAGCGGCGGGUGCAGCUGCACAGACCCCGGCCGGCGCCGAGCGGAGCAGGGCGCGCGCCGCAGUCCCCCGCACGCAGCCCCGCGGCAGCCGCUGCUGAGCCACCACCAUGGCCCGCGGAAAAGCCAAGGAGGAGGGCGGCUGGAAGAAAUUCAUCUGGAACUCGGAGAAGAAGGAGUUCCUGGGCAGGACCGGCGGCAGCUGGUUUAAGAUCCUUCUGUUCUACUUGAUCUUUUACGGCUGCCUGGCCGGCAUCUUCAUCGGGACCAUCCAGGUGCUGCUGCUCACCAUCAGCGAAUUUAAGCCCACCUACCAGGACCGCGUGGCCCCGCCAGGACUGACGCAGGUCCCUCAGAUCCAGAAGACGGAGAUCUCCUUCCACCCCAGCAAGGCCGAGACCUACGAGCCCUACGUGACGAACAUCAUGCGCUUCCUGGAGAAGUACCGGGACGCGGCCCAGAAGGACGACAUGGUCUUCGAGGACUGCGGCAAUGUGCCCAGCGAUUACAAAGACCGAGGCGCCUUCGACAGCGACCCCGGCCAGCGGAAGGUCUGCAGGUUCAAGGUCGAGUGGCUGGGCAACUGCUCUGGGAUCAACGACGAAUCGUACGGCUACAAGGACGGCAAGCCCUGUGUCUUCAUCAAGCUCAACCGCAUCCUGGGCUUCAAACCCAAGCCUCCCAAGAACGAGACCUUGGAGGGUCUUCCAAUGCUGAAGUACAACCCCUAUGUCCUGCCCGUCCAGUGCACCGGCAAGCGGGACGAGGACAAGGAUAAGGUUGGGAACGUGGAGUACUUCAGCCUGGGCAACUACCCCGGCUUCCCGCUGCAGUACUACCCUUACUACGGCAAGCUGCUGCAGCCCAAGUACCUGCAGCCGCUGCUGGCCGUGCAGUUCACCAACCUCACCAUGGACACGGAGGUCCGCGUGGAGUGUAAGGCGUACGGGGAGAACAUUGGGUACAGUGAGAAAGACCGCUUUAUGGGACGCUUCGAUGUAAAGAUUGAAGUUAAGAGCUGAUCACAAGCACAAAACCUUUCCCACUAGCCAUUUAAAGAGUUAAGAGAAAAAAAAAAAGAUACAAAAAACCUACUAGUCUUGAACAAACUGUCAUUACGUAUGGGACCUACACUUAAUCUCUAUGCUUCACACUAGCUUCUCCGCAUCUCAUAGGUUAGAAUGUAAAUUUAAAAAAAGUGUAGCAAUAGCAACAAAAAAAAAAUAUUUAUUCUACUGUAAAUGACAAAAGAGAAAACAUAACAAAUCGAGCCUUGGGACGUGCCCAUUUUUACUGUAAAUUAUGAUUCCAUACUGACCCUGGCGAGCAGCGUCCCCGCCCCGAGCAUUGCUGCGUGCGCGUCCCCGUCCGUGCGCGUCCCCGUGGGCGCGCCCGCCCGUCACUCUCAAGCCAUGUUUUAUCGUCUCUGUUUUCUACUUCGUGUGAGCAAGUUCGCUGUCCAAGGUGUACAUAUGCAUCGGGAAUGACACUGGCAUGUCCUUCUCCCGGGGGUGGGGGGUGGCUCUUUCCAAGAGGAAGGCCCGCCUGCGAGCGUUUUCACACUCCAUGGUCUCUCUCCCGUGGUGGUGGGCCUUUCUGCCCCGGGCGGGGGGCCGGGGGGGGGGCUGCGCGGAGCGGCACCGGACAGACGGGAGGGGUGUGCUGUGCCUGGGGAGCGCCGGCCUGCCCUCGCCCUGCCCCCGCUCGCCCGCGCUGGCCAGGGUCAGCCCGGGCUUGGCUUUGAGCGUUUUCCUUUCCUUUCUCUCUGAGGCAUCACGUGCUGGUGCUGUGUCUUCAUGAAUGUGUUAACCAUUGUCAUGGUGGAAGAAUUUUAUAUUUAUGCAGUUGUACAAUUUUAUUUUAUUUUUUCCUGCAAGAAAAAAAAGUGUAAUGUAUGAAAUAAACCAAAGUCACUUGUUUGAAAAAUAAACCUUUAUUUUGGACUUUAUAAAAGCAACGCAGUUUUAGCCCAUAGACGGUGUCCGUGCUGUCCGCAGCCACCUCCAUGUCCCCGUGUGUAUCGCGCAGGACUGCAGCGCCUUGUUGAUCUUGUACUCGGUCAGGUUCAAACAGUGGACAAUAAAAGAAUGAACGUGC